AUGGAGGUGGCGCCGCCGCCGCCGCCGCCGAAACCGAGGCGCGAGUUCCCGGCAUUCCCGUAUGAUCCAUAUCCAAUACAGAGCGACUUCAUGGUUGCUCUGUACGGGUCACUCGACAGAGGAGGCGUCGCCAUGCUGGAGAGCCCCACAGGUGGAUCAGCAGUGCCGUCCUCUUCCUUCACAGUCCUUCCUCUUCCAAUGUGUGAUAGUUGAUUGAUUAUUCGAUAUGGCGUGUUUCUGCCUCGUUCACUUGUUUAGGAACCGGAAAAACCCUGAGCAUCAUCUGUAGCGCGCUGCAGUGGAUCGUUGAUCGGAGGCAGCGGGCUAAAGUUGAGCAGAAGGUGCGUGCAACGAAAACGACUUGUUGCGACGAAGAAGAGCCGGAUUGGAUGAGGGAUUUCAUCGUUGAUUCUGUGGAGAUUCACCAGGUACAGACAAAGGGAAGGAAAUUGGGUACCGUACAUAAUACUAGGUCGUCACCCAGGAAGUACAGUGAUGUGCGGAGAGCAGAAGAGGUUUCUUCUGACAAUCCCGUGGAAAUUGACGAGGCGGAGUUUCUGGUAGAAGAAUACGAGAGCGAAGAAGAUGAGAUGUUAGGAACUGGGAAGUUUAAGACGAAGAGAGAGAGGGGUUCCGGUUGGAACAGCAGCGAUGAAGAAGAUGAAGCUUCUGACAUAAUAGAAGACGACGUGGAGGUGACUCCGAAGAUCUAUUUUUGUAGCAGAACCCAUUCACAGCUGUCACAAUUUGUGGGAGAGUUCAAGAAGACGAAGUUUGCUUCUGAACUUAAUGCAAUUUGCUUGGGCGCCAGGAAGAAUUUAUGCAUCAAUAAAGGUGCAGCUCUAACUUGGUAGCAAGUUGGGCACAUCUUGUUUUGCAUGUUUCUUACAUUUUCCGUCUCCGCAGGGGUUUUAAAAUUGGGGAAUUCAAACAGGAUCAAUGAGAGAUGUUUGGAGCUGCAGACGAAUAAAAAAGGCAAGAAUGUAAAAGAGUCCAAAUGUAAGGUAUUGGGCAUAACCGAUACCCUUCCUGUCUCCCGUUUUUGUUACAAUCAAAGUUGAUAAUAACCUACUGAGGAAAUUAUAAGUCAUGGAAUUUUUUAAAGAAAACCAGGGAAAAAUAUUCCUUUUCAUAAUUGGUGGUAUACUCUUCAUGCAGAUAGUAUGUGAUCCAUCUCGUUUCAAUUGAGGACCAGGACUUCUCGUACAGUCAUUAAUUUGUGAUAGCGUUAGUACUGAGUUUAAUGGGGAUAUAAUAACUUGUUUACUCUAUUUGUAAUAUAAAUCUUGUCUCCAGCGGUGUGAUAUGCCAUCUCUCCCUUCUAACUCAGUUGGAAUCAUUUGUUUUCUGAUCACUUAUACUGAAGUCACAAUACGUAGGUACAGAGUGGGGGAGGGAAAAUUCACCGGAGAAAAGCUUCAAUUGGCUGUCCAAUGCUCAAAAAGAGAAGUCUGCAAACAAAACUCAGGAAUGAAGUACUUGACCGAGAUAUCUUGGACAUUGAGGAUCUUAUUGAUCUUGGGAAGAAGAUUGGAACCUGUCCAUAUUAUGGUGCCCGGAGAGUUGUCCCAGCAGCUGACAUUGUAAUCCUUCCAUAUCAAUCUCUUCUCCUGAAAUCUGCACGUGAGUCACUUGGUUUGAAUUUGAAGAACAACAUUGUAAUCAUAGAUGAAGCGCACAACCUUGCAGACUCUCUUACCAACAUGUAUAACUCAAGGGUCACUGUUUCUCAGGUACAAGCAAGGUUUACCAUUAUAAAAUAUUCUACGCAUUGUUGAAAUGUUUAUUUUUUUCAUGGACUAUGGUAAUAUUUUUUCUUCUAAAUUAGAAAAUAUCAUUCCAGAGAGUUAGAAAAAAUAAUCACUGUCUUUCUAAUCAAGCUUAGAGGAUAAUUGUUUGUUAAUUUGUAAGGAUUUGAUUUAUUCUCUUUCCGACAAAGGGAGAAAUUGUGGCCAGAGUCUGACGUGUUUUUUCCAUUUUCAGUUAGAUAAUGUACGAUCCUACCUUGACAUAUACUUUGAGAGGUUCCGUGCUUGUCUGGGAGCUGGCAAUCGACGAUACAUCCAGACAAUUAUGGGUCUAACAAAGGCCUUUCUUGGCAUACUGCUCAGAGAUGAGAGUGACACUCCCAGCACUGCUGAAAAUUCAUCUGAAUCAAAAAUUGCUGCUGAUUCUUCAUUGACCAUAAAUGAAUUCUUAUUUUCUCUUGAAAUUGACAACAUCAACUUGGUAAAAUUGUGCCAGUACAUAAAGGAAUCUAAUAUCAUCCAUAAGGUACUAUGCUUUUUGGCUUGUAAGUUCAAAUUGUGUUUCCUAUACUCUAAGAAAUUAUCUUUUCUUAUUGUAUAGGUCAGUGGCUACGGUGCAAAAGUUUCUAGCUUGCGCAGACAUCUGCAGCUUGAUGAGGACGAGAACAACAUUCCUGAGGGAACUAUCAUAUCAAGUUUCCAGGCACUGUCCGAUCUGUUGUAUUCCCUCACAUAUAGCAAUGAUGAUGGAAGAAUGAUAAUCUCAAGACGACUCCAUUUGUGCCCCGAGAAUUCCGGAGAAGGGUGCCUUAAAUUUGUCAUGCUUUCUGGAGACAAGAUAUUUUCCGAGGUCUUGAGUGAACCUUGUUGGCUUAGAUACAUAUCAUGAUGUUAUUUUAUUUAGUGCUGUAAUUAUAAAUGAUUCCUGAAUUUUUACAGAUAACGGAAGAAGCGCAUGCAGUGGUCCUGGCAGGGGGAACUCUUCAGCCGAUUGAGGAGACAAGAAUCCGCUUGUUCCCUGGCUUACCUGCAGACAACAUGCAUUUCUUCUCAUGCAAUCACAUUGUUCCUCCCGAGAGCAUCUUACCUGUUGCCAUUUGUCGAGGCCCUUCUGGCAAGACAUUUGAUUUCAGCUACAGCUCACGUUCUUCCCCUGAUAUGGUUGGUAUUGGCUCUUGGCUUUCCUAAACUCCUCUUCUUUAUAUUCACUACUGAGCUGCAGGCACUCUCCUAAGAAGUCUUUUUUUAAAAUAUAUAUUAUUUAGUUAUUUAUUAUAAGAUUACCGAUUUUGCAGUUAUCCUAAAAAGGAGUUUUUUAAUCUCUCUGCCUCAAUAUCAUGGAUUCACAUGUCUCAUCCUUCUUUCUUGUGUCUUUUAUUGUAGUUUUUUUAGUAUAAAUGGAAAUAUUUUGCCAUAAAAGUCGAUCACUCGUAAUCCUUGUCCCAUUAAUGGAAGUCAACCAAGAUUAACUUUAUUGUUAUUCAAGAUCUUGCUCAAAUAUUAGCAUAGUUUUCAUAGUAGUGUGGAGGAUCCCAUGCAUUGACGACUGGGCUGAUUUCUCUGCUUCGGCAUCAUCCUCCCGCAGAUGGAGGAACUGGGGCGCCUACUCUGCAACCUUGCGGCCGUCGUUCCUGAAGGCAUAGUGAUGUUCUUCUCCUCCUUUGACUACGAGGGUCUCGUAUAUGAAGCAUGGAAGACUUCAGGUGUCCUCGCGAGAAUCCAGAAGAAGAAGCUCGUGUUCAGAGAGCCCAGAAGCAGCGGCGAGGUCGAGCUCGUACUUAAAGAGUACAGGGAAGCGAUUGCUCCCAGGGAAGAAGGGCCAAGUGGCGCGUUGCUAUUGGCUGUCGUCGGCGGGAAGGUCUCCGAGGGCAUCAACUUCAGCGACGGAAUGGGCCGUUGCGUUGUCAUGGUGGGCCUCCCCUAUCCGAACCCAUCCGACGUGGAGCUGAUGGAGAGGGUCAAAUAUAUUGACCGACUAGGGGAGUCAGCGGCUCAUGCCACGACGUUUGGUCAGCCUGGAUUCGAGGCCCUGAGGAGUUGCAGCCAGAGGGGGAGGGAAUACUACGAGAACCUGUGCAUGAAGGCUGUCAACCAGUCGGUCGGUAAGUCAACGGUCGUCAUUCCCAGCGUUCACUUCUUUCUGUUGCUCCCUCUCACUUUUUGGCCGCGGUCAAGGCCGAGCGAUCAGGCACAUCAAGGACUACGCCGCCAUUCUCCUGGUUGACUCCCGCUACGGGCCCAAGCCGUCGAGAGCACCCGUUGACAAGCUCCCCCAGUGGAUAAGAUCCCACCUCAUCUUCCCCACAGGCGGCUACGGAGAAGUCCACCGCCUCCUCCGCCAGUUCUUCCAAUUCAACCGCCAGAGGUAA